AUGGCUCACAUCUACCCAGUGAAAGACACCUCACAUCGACGUUCCUCCACGGGAUGUCUAACUUGCCGCCUGCGAAGGAAAGUUCCUGGCCAGAGCUGUAGAAUUGAGCCUGGGUCGCAUGUCUGCAACGAUUGCAAGCGGCUUCGGGUCGAGUGUAUUCCUUUCUCUGGCCCCGUCCUAGCUUCGAAGUAUCGUGAAGCCAUCAAAGCAUGUAAAGAAGAGAUUCGGGCUGCUAUUGCCUGUCGAAAUGCUCGCAGCACAACGGGUGGCGCAGGAACACAAGGCACGAAUGCUAAUACAGACCCGAACAAUGAGUGUCUGGGUGUCUAUCCCGAAAUAUAUCCGCAUCCGGCGGAUCACAUCGAAGAAUCAUUGUUUGCAGCGUCCGACCGAUAA